AUGGCUGACCAAGCCGAUCAAAUAAUGCAGAAUUUGCGAAAAAUGCUCUUGAGCAUGCCAGACUUACGAAAGGUAAAUACGUUACGUUUUGGUGAUCAACUGAAUAUCGAAAUGAUACGCAUGAUCAACGAAUUGCUUCCUGAACUUGAGGUGCUUAAAAUGCAGUAUCAAAAUGACAGCCCAUCAUUGUACCGAGGUGAACCAAUCAAUUUCAAAGCGGUUGUUGAAUUGACAGUGCACAUUUCUGGUAUGGGCACACAUCCGUCGUCGCGCGUUCCACUCAAAUUUGAUCGACUCGAGCAUUUGGUUUUAAACGGAUAUUCCUGCCAAAGUCAAAAAUGGACCGAAUUCAUCGUUCAAAACAAACAACUGCGUACACUUGUGCUUAUGCCAGGUCUAUGUAUUUUGGCCAAUGAAAACAUGGAUCAACAUUUGAUGCAAUUCGCUGUUCAGCUAACGAAAUUGGACGAACUGUUUGUCUACGGUGAUUUCAUUUCAUCGCCUGAACAAAUGAUUCAAUUCGUUGGCGAAUGCAAGCAACUACGAAAGCUACAUCUUCGAUUUCUGUACAGCGAUGGCGAAAAACGUGAAUCAUUCACUGUGGCAAUGACAUCAAAUUGGAAAGUCACCCAAAAACGCAUUGAAGAACGAUGCGAUGACUUGAUUUUCGAACGAGAGAUUUGA